AUGAACAACAAGCAUGGCUCAGCUGCUGUUUUGGAUAACUGUGUAUUUUUGGGAGAAGAGGAUAAAAAUAGUCUUUACGAGGAUGGAGAUUUUGUUAUAGGGGGCUUAUUUCCUUCACAUUACAAUCCUGGGUUUUCUCAUCCAACCUAUAAAGAAAAACCAACAACUAAUAUGUAUAAUUUUAGCUCUCGUGCCUUGCGGUGGAUACAGACCAUGACUUUCACAAUUAAAGAAAUCAAUGGCCGCAGUGAUCUCCUGCCACACCUAAAGCUAGGUUUUCACAUCCAUGACAGUUGUGAUGACAUACCUGUGUCUCUGAGAGCUUCUUUGUUGUUGGUUAAUGGGCAGCCAGACAGAGGCUUCAGAGCUGAGAGUUUCUACAGGGACAAAGUUCUAAAAAACAAUGACUCUAAUUUAGGCUGUGAUGCUGUUUGCCGAACUGUGUCUUCAGUAAUCAUAGGAGAUGCUGGCUCUGGGGUGUCUAUGGCACUGCUUCGAAGUCUGGGUUGUUUCCAUAUCCCUCUGGUGAGCUAUUUUGCAUCCUGCAGCUGUCUGAGUAACCAAAGGGAGUUCCCUACCUCUAUGCGCACCAUGCCUAGUGACACCUUCCAGAUUAGAGCUCUGGCUCGACUGGUUAGUUAUUUUGGCUGGACCUGGGUGGGAGUGAUUGGUGUGGAAUCUGAUUAUGCCCGUUUUGCCAUCCAGCUCUUCCUUCAGGAGUCAGUGCACUAUGGUGUGUGUGCUGCCUACACACAUUUCUACCCUGUAGUGGUCAGUCAGCAGGCUCUAGAUGACCUACUGAAUGUCAUUCAGUUUUCAUCCUCAAAGGUCAUCAUUAACUUUUCUGGUGAGUCGGAGAUGCAGAGUAUUCUGAGAGAGAUCAUGCGUCGGAACGUGACUGGCCUGCAGUGGAUUGCAAGUGAGGCAUGGGCCACUGCCAAGUCACUCUGGGAGAAGUCUGGAGAUCUUCUGAUGGGAACAUUAGGAUUUGCGAUCAGGAGAGCUGCCACAAUUCCUGGGCUUAAACAACAUCUCACCAGUCUUACAGCAUCCUCUCUUCAUAAAUCAGCUUUCCUGGCAGAAUUUUGGGAAGAGACUUUUGACUGUCAACUAAAUGGGUCAGUGAAUACCCAUUCUCAUGGCUCUGACAAUUUCUUUGACAGACAGCCUGUCAUGAUCCUGGGUCCUUUUGACCCAGCGAUUUUGUGUUUCCUAUUAUUUCGUUGCUGGUUCGCCUGCGUUAGUCCCUUCCGUCAUUCUGUGUUUAUUCCUCCGUCUUCCUGGUCAUUCUCCCUGCAAGCUCGCUCCCCACUACGCCGUCUGCAUCUUGGGUCCAUUUAUAUUCACACACGGCCUGCCUCGGCACCCCGUGACAGUACAAACCAGCCACAACAUGGAUCCAGCAGACUUACCCGGGGAGAGCGAUCUGAUGCGAGUCCAAAGCCUGGUCGAGUGGAUAACCCACACCUCAAAUAUGAGAGCAAGGAUCGUGGGGAUAAAUGCUAUUGA